AUGAUGCUGCCUCACAUGGCUCUCACCAGCAUGUCCUGGAUGCUGCUCUCCUGCCUGAUGUUCUUAUCUCAGAUACAAGGUGAAGACUCCCUGAAGGACAUGCCCUCUCCACGCAUCAGCUGUCCUACAGGCUCCCGGGCUUAUGGCUCCUACUGCUACGCCUUGUUUCAGAUACCACAAUCCUGGUUUGAUGCAGAACUAGCCUGCCAGAAAAGACCAUCAGGGCAUCUUGUAUCUGUGCUCAGUGCACCUGAGGCUUCCUUUCUGUCCUCUCUGGUGAAGAGCAGUGUGAACAGCUAUCGAUACGUCUGGAUUGGGCUUCAUGACCCUACCUUGGGUGAAGAACCCAAUGGAGGUGGAUGGGAAUGGAGUAACACUGAUGUGUUGAAUUACCUUAACUGGGAGAGGAACCCAUCCUUCGCAUUAGAUCGUGGGUUCUGUGGCAGCUUGUCACGUGCCUCAGGAUUUCUGAAAUGGAGAGAUAAUACCUGUGAUGUGAAGUUACCUUAUGUCUGCAAAUUCAAAGACUAG